AUGUCUGACGCCGAGGAGCAGCAGCCGUCGCGGAGGAAGUCGGCGCAGCACGGCGGCGGCUGGCAGUCGAGGAAGCAGUCGCAGGUCAUGCGCCACGCCGAACAGGACGAUGUGUCCGAUGCCGAGAGCUUCGACAGCUUGAGCUCGCGCGCAAAGUUCAUGAGCGAUCUGCUGAGCGACAGCGACUCGGCCUUCUCGGAGGGCCGCAACUCCAUGACGUCCAUCUCGUCGUACGGGCCGGACACGCCAAAGACUCCUGCGCCGGAGUACAUGAACGAUGGAUACAUUGAGAUCUAUGAUGAGAAGACGCCAAGGGAACGCGCUGUCUCCAUGGAGGUUACCGGGUCGAUGCAGAUGCAGAUGAAGGAGAUGACCACGCAGGGCCCUAGGGGACCGCACUUGUUCAGAUCGUUCUCGACGAGCCAUGCUUCCAAGAUCUCCACUAACCAUAUCUCGCUCCCGACCCUGUCGAUACCUUCGACUCCCAUUGUGGAUGGUCGUUCGCCAUCGACCCGUUCGCCUUCGGUCCGCACGCCAUCGCUCCGAUCGCCGUCGGUGCGCUCGCCAUCAGUCCGCUCUCCGUCGGUGCGAUCGCCUUCGGUCCGCUCGCCGUCGCUCCGUUCGCCGACGGUACACUCGCCAUCGCUCCGCUCGCCGUCCACCCGCCACAGCCACAGGUUCUCUUAUGCCUCGUCGGCCGAUGAGGGCGAGGAGAUCAUGAUCAUGCGGCCGCAGAGCGAAUGCUUUUUCGACACCGACGCGGUGCGAGGAUGGGCUACCUUCCAGGUGUGUAGGUGGAUGGCUGCGCUGUUUGACCAGGAGAUGGUCGACGCCUUUGCACAGAACGACAUCACCGGAGCGAUCCUGAUCGAUCUGAAGUGGGAGGAUCUGAAGGAGUUGGGUAUCCACUCCUUCGGUAAGCGCACCGAGCUGUGGACGGAGAUCAACCACCUCCGUGCCGCAAGCCUGCCUACGCCGGACCGUGCCGAGUUUGUGCAAUCUUCCGCCAGGCUGUGCCGCAGCGGCAGUGUCAACUCCACACGCACCGUUUCGACCCCUCGCCUCGCCCAGACCCCAAGGAUGCGCUCCAACUCUUCGGUUUCGGUCGGCUCGCAGAUGAUGACCGCCGAUGAGUUCGAGUCCAUGAUCCUUCCCGAUCUUCCCGUGAUGCCUCAAUCCGCUCGGUCGGCCCGGUUCCCCUCGAUGUCGAGGCAGUCGCACCCCCAAUCCGGCCUUCAACAGCAGAUGGCUUCCCCGAUGAUGGAGCAGCUCCCGGCCGUGACCAUGAAGUGUCCCUCCGAGCCCGAUAUCGUCUCCGAGGCCGACGAGGAAGGUUCCGACGACGGUCCUCGCCAACGUACCCGCCCCCAGGUGCGCAAGAAGAGCAAGCGCAUGCAGGUCCGCAUGCCUCAGCGCACCCUUGCCGUCGACUCGAUCAUCAUCCAGUCCGACGACGAGGCGCCCGGUGGAUACGUCGCCAAGAUCGAGGCCAUGACCUCGUUCGAGAACAGCCGUCCCAUUGGACGCAGCAGGAGCAAGCGCGAGAGCUUAGCGCCAUCCGACUCGGUGUCCCUGAGGGCUGCCCGCAAGUACAGGAAGAAGUCGGAUGAGCCCAAGGCUCACAACUGCAAGAAGGGUGACCGGUGCCGCAAGCACGGAAAGCAGGCGCAACUGACCGCCAAGACCAAGACCACCACUCUGAGGAGAAGGAUCAGGUCCGAAGUGGUCUCCGAUGCCGGAACCAUCCUCAUCGCCACCACUCCCAGCAUUGCCGCCUUUGACAACGAGCCUCUGCCGAUGCUCGAGUCGAUCGCUUCCGGGUCGCCCCGUCCCCAGAGCUACAGCCCCAGCAUCAUCGCAUCCUCGGAUGCCCUGGGCCAGUUCAACCGCAGCGACAUCCGACUCAAGGAGAGCGUCCUCCGUGAGGUUUCUCGCCUGGAUCCCCUGGACAACGUCAGGAAGUUCCUUACCCACCAGCACUUGCAGCACAUGGAAGAGCGACGAACAUCUCCCCCUCCCGUGCCCAACAAGUCUCAGGAUGACAUGAACCGUGCUCAGCGCUCGACUCCUUCCCCUCCUCCCGUCGCGCGUGAGAUGUCCAUCCCUCCUCACUCCGCAGGCUACCCUUCCUACGCCGCCCAGAGCCGCCUCGCCGCGAUCCCGGCGGCGUCGCACCAGUCGGUACCCAUGGCUGCCGCCGCAGCGGCCCAGCUACCCAGGUCGCAGACCACCCCUCCCGUUCGGUCUCAGACUCCAUCCUGCGGUCUCCGCAUCCAGGGUAUGGAGCAGGUUGUUCCCCCAUACGCGAGCAGCAUCUCGAGCGUCUCCGCGCGCGGCCCCAUGAUGCGCACUACCACCCCCUUCUCGGAGGCAGACGUCCCAUGCCCGACCGGCACGCCCGUCAACUUCCGCGACCAAUCGCAGUCCGUGCCGCCAGACGCGCACUACCGCCGCUUCCCCACGCCGACCCUCGAAUCUCUCACCGCACCCAUCAUCCCCGCCGGCCCUCGCUCCGCGCCCCUCCGCCCCACCCACCUCAACAUCGUCGACGAGAACGCCGAGUGGGAGGCCGUAGACGAGGAGCCGAAGAUGGCGCCGUCGCCCAGCAUGCGCACCCACUCCGGUUGGAUGAAGAAGCGCCGCACAAACUGGUUCCGCCACGAGUGGCCUGACCACCACUUUGUCCUCCGCGGCACACGCUUGGGUUACGCCCGCGACGUCGGCGUCUCCGAGGAGGGCGCUAUCGAUAUGGAUCAGUACCAGGUCGCGUGCUCUAACUCUGGCAGCACGAAAUUGUCUGCCGCGUUUAAGGCCGGUCGCAUCUUUGGCAAGAAGAAGGAGGAUGGCACGCCUGGCUCGUACUUCUUCCAGCUUGUUCCGGCGAAUGAUGCCAGCAAGGGCGGAAAGAAGAGUUUGGGCAAGGUUCACUGCUUUGCCGUUGGGAGUCGCGAGGAGCGCAUCGAUUGGAUGCGUGAGCUCAUGCUCGCUAAGGCGAUUAAGCAGAAGGGCCAGGGGUUCGAGGUCGAGGUCAAUGGUGAGCGCGUGUAG